CUAUUUAUUAUCACACAACGCCGCCACCACGCCCUGUUCUUAUCGCACAAACCUCACUUCUGACAUAUACAUUGGCCUACCUACUUAAUUGUCUGUUUAUCUAGGUAUAGCACCGCAUUUCGACAUCAUUUACCGCCAGAUCUUCCACGGGACAUUAACAUUAUUUCCUCCUAGCUUCCUUGUAUUGUGCUUCAUUAAACAAACAAGACAAGAAUCACGAUGCCCCCCAAACGUGCAGCCGCUGGCGCCGCGGCUUCCAAGCGCAAAGUCGAGGCUCCCUCGGACACCAAGAUGAAAACCACGGAAAAGAGCACCAAGGCUACCCUGGUUUCGAGAAAGCGGAAGGCUGUGGACUCGGUCGAGGAGACCACCUCAGGGGCUGCGACUACGGCUCCGGCGCGCGUCACGAAGAAACAGAAGGAGGCUCUGGCUAUUAUCAACCACGCGCCGACGCAGAAACUCGAUGUUUAUGUUUUCGGUACGAAUUGUUAUGGAGAGUUGGGUCUGGGUGACGCGACGAAGAAAUCGGAGAUUCCUGGUCCGGUGUUGAACCCGAAGCUGUCGGCCGAGACGGUCGGUGUCGUGCAGUUGGCUAUUGGGGGUGUGCAUUCGGCAGCUCUUACGCAUGACAAUAAGAUUCUUACGUGGGGAGUGAAUGACGAGGGUACCCUAGGUAGGGAUACAAAGGAGGAGCGCAAGACCGAGAGUGCGGAUGGUGCCAGUGGGGAGGCUAAGGAGGCUGAGUCCGACUCGGACUCGGAUGAUGAUGAGGUCGAUCUCAACAUGAAGGAGGCCACCCCCACCGCCGUGGACUCUGCUCUUUUCCCCGAUGGCACUGUUUUCACACAGGUCAUUGCAACGGAUAGUGCCACUUUCGUUCUCACCCAGGAGGGUCGGGUCUAUGGUUGGGGCACUUUCAGAGGAAGCAACGGCGUGAUCGGUUUCUCCCCCGAAACGAAGAUUCAAAGACAACCGGUCCUGGUCCCCGGUCUCGAGAAAGUGACCCAGCUUGCGUCUGGCUCACAACACGUGCUGGCAUUGACUGCCAAGGGCGCCGUUUUGACCUGGGGAUGCGAAGAACAGAACCAGCUUGGACGGAGAAUAUCGGGGCGUCUGCACGGCAAGCUCGAAAGUCUCAUCCCCGGGCAAUGUGCUAUCCCUUCGGACGUUGUGAGCAUCGGUACCGGCUCUUAUCAUUCCUUCGCGAUCCGCAAGAACGGCCGGGUCCAUGCUUGGGGUUCCAACAACUUCGGUCAGACAGCCGUCCCCAUGAGCGCGGGAGAAAGCGAUGCUGUGGUCCUUUACCCGACCGAAGUCAAGUCUUUCCGCAAGCAAAGCAAAAUUAUCUCCAUUUGCGGUGGAAAGGAUCACAGCGUGGCUGUCACGGAAGAUGGCAAAUGUCUAUCCUGGGGACGUGUAGACAACAAGGCCCUUGGUAUUUCGCUCGAGGACAUGCCGUCAGAUGAUAUCGUGCACGAUGAGCACGGGCGACCUCGUAUUCUGACGAUGCCAACCCCCCUUACUGAGAUCAAGGAGGAGGUUGUCUUCGCAACAGCCUCCAGUGACCAUUCGUUUGCCAUCACUAAAGACGGCAAGGCGUAUAGCUGGGGCUUCAACGUACAGCGCCAGGCUGGACACCGCGAUGAGGAUGAGGUCGAACGACCGACACUCCUCCAAAACAAGCACGUCAACGGAAAGAAGCUGGUGUCUGCUUCUGGAGGAGGACAGUUCAGUAUGCUCGUUGGAGCGUACUCACCGCAAAAGAACGAAGCUGAUGCCUGAUCUCCUUUGAGACCAGCAUUUUGCAAUCGUUCUUGUUACCCCAUUUGCAUUGAUCUUUAUGUGUAUUAUUAUAUGAAAGCAGUUAUUCCUCCAAUCAACGGUUUUGAU